AGGGUGAUCUUCACAGAAACUACUAAAGACUUCAAAGAAUUCAUUUUAGGCAGAACAAGUGACUGAAAGUAAAAUGGAUCCUUGUUCAGUUGGAGUUCAGCUUCAAGCUUCCAAUGAAUGCCACAAGACCUAUUAUACCCGUCACACUGGCUUCAAAUCUAAGCAAGAUAUAUCUUCAUCUGAUCUACUGUUACUUCAGCUUAGGACUGGAAUAACCUUUUCAGAAAACAAUACAAUCUGCUUCCACCAUGCGAAAAUUUACAUUGAAAGAUUUGAAGACUUACAGAAAUCAUGCUGUGAUCCCUUUAACAUACACAGAAAACUGUCAAAGAAAAACUUACGUGCAAUUGACUUGGAUGAUGCAACUUUUUUAAGUGCCAAGUUUGGAAGACAGUUUGUACCUGGUUGGAAGCUUUGUCCCAAAUGUAUGCAGAUAAUAAAUGGAAGCGUGGACGUUGAAUCUGAAGAUCGACAGAGGAGGAAACUUGAUCCGGACGGGCGUACAGCUAAGGCUUUAAAGUCUCUACAGUUUGCUAAUCCAGGACGACAGACUGAAUUUACUCCCGAGACUAGUAAGAGAGAAAAGAGAAGGCUGCAAACAAAAAAUGCAACAUUUAAUUCAGACAGGCAAGUUAUACCAGCCAAGAGUAAAGUCUAUGAUAGCCAGGGCCUCCUACUUUACAGUGGGAUGGACCUCUGUGAUUGCCUUGAUGAAGAUUGCCUGGGAUGUUUCUAUGCUUGCCCCAAGUGUGGCUCCAACAAGUGUGGAGCUGAGUGUCGCUGUGACCGCAAGUGGUUAUAUGAGCAAAUUGAGAUAGAAGGUGGAGAAAUAAUUAAAAAUAAGCAUGUUGGUUAGUGUAUAUGCACACUGUUUAUCCUGAGUAUAUAUUCCAGGCUUUCAUUAAACACAGCACAUUCAUUCUUUAGUAGUUUAAUGAAAGCCAU